GCUCUGGAAGAAGGGGGAAGUCCCGGGUGAGGCGGUGUUGUCACUCUGGUUGCAUCAGCCGAGCUCCCGAAGCUCCACGUCUGCGCUCGCCGCGACCAAUCGCCGGCAGCCACACUCGGGUUGACAGCGCACAGCCGGAGCAGCCGAGAGCCAGUCAGUCACCGCGGCGCGAUGGGCAGCAGCGACGAAAUGGUGUCUCUGGUCGUUAAAGUGCCCGACCAGUCGUACGGCGACCAGAAGCUGUUGGUGGGGCUGGGCUGGACGGUGCAGCGGCUGAAAAGCUUCCUCAGCGAGGAGUACCCGAGCCACCCGGCACAAUCAGAGCAGAAGCUGAUUUAUUCAGGGAAGUUGCUGCCUGACCACCUCUUGCUGAGGGAUAUCCUGAGAAAGUCUGACCAGUACCACACCAUUCACUUGGUGUGUAAUGUUAGAAAUGGAACAAAGUCUAGACAAGAACCAAGUGUGAAGGAGCAACCAGACACACCCGCUGCUUCUGGCCAGGAGAGCCUCACUGUCCCAACAUCGGUAACAGCGGAUGGUCUCCGUCACAGAGCACCCAACACAUUCCCCUGGGCCUAUGGUGCCUGGUCUCCAAGGGAAGAUCUCCAGAGCACAGAGGGGAUGUCUGGUCUAGCUGCGUACAACCUGUACAGCUCUCAGCAAAUCCUGUGGUUCCAGCAGAUGUAUGCACGGCAAUAUUACAUGCAAUAUCAGGCUGCAGUCGCCGCUGCUGCGGCCGCCACCAACUCCCAGCAUCAACCCGUGGUCACGCCCGGGACACCGGCUGCGCUGCCCAACCAGCCGCCUCUCGUCAACCUACCUGCUGACCAGCACGCUCCUCUACCUCAGCUCAACAACCCUCCGGCCAACCAGAACCUGCGGAUGAACGCCCAGGGAGGCCCCGUGGUGGACGACGAUGAAGACCUGAACCGGGAUUGGUUGGACUGGCUCUACCUGGCUGCCCGUGCCAGCUUUCUCCUGAGCAUCGUUUACUUCUAUUCGUCGCUGAGUCGUGUGGUGUUGGUGGCGAGUGCCAUGCUGCUGAUGUACCUACAUCAUGCUGGUUGGUUUCCAUUCAGACAUCCAGCACCGCUGCCAAAUGCCAACGUGCCUUUGCAGGAAGCCAAUCCAAAUCAUGGAAACCAGGAACACCAACAGGAUCAAGAAGAUGUGCAAGACCAGAAUGUGGCACUGGAUCAAGGUCGUGAAAGAGUGAAUAGUCCUGGAAGUGAUGAUGUCAGGGAUGCUAACCUGGCCCCUGAAGCUGAAGUAAACAGGACGACAUUUGUAAAUAAAGCCUGGGUAUUCUUCAAAACCUUCUUUGCCUCCUUGAUUCCAGAUGGUCCCCAGGUGGCGGCAAACUAAGUUUACAUACAUGCAGAACAAUGAAACCAGUGCAAUCCCUUGUUCCAGGGCUUCCGGGCUGUGUGCAAAUGAUGCUGCGGACUGAAUUUAUGAAUUUGAUUCCAAAUGGAAUUUAGAACUGUUGUACAAGGCUACAAGUGUAAAUUCUGUAAAUUAUUAUAAGAAGUGCAAUUUAGACUCUUGCCUAUCUGAAGCUGCAAAUCAAAUCUUGAAAUAAUUCUGGGUCAUGACUGUUUAUAGUGAUGUCCUUUUCAUUAACAGCUGUGAGCAGGAACAGUUUUAACAUUGCCAACUUCACGCUGUUGAAAGUGCAUUUUUGCUUUUGGGCAAGUUUGUUUUUAAAUAUCCCAUGAAACUUUCUGUUGAUACUUAUGCAAAAAGGUAAAUAAUUUUUGCCUUGCAAUACAAAAAAAAAAAGCACAAUAAAAGAGAUCUGAUUACAUGAGA